UGUUGUAUUUCUGUCCAAUCAGAUCGUGAUGGGUGUGUACGGUGUAGUUACCGCACAGCCAUGGCUCCACAUGCUCAAACUGUUCCUGUGACCAUUGACUGAAUGUUGCGCUGUAACCUUCACUGAUCAGACUCCUCGUUUGAGCCAAGAUCAACAUGCAGGCUGCUAUGGAUAUCACGGCAAAGUACUGCCACAAAGAAAUGGAGGAAUAUGGGUCAUGUGUGGCCUCCAACCCAUCAACAUGGCACCACAGCUGUCAUGAGCUGAAGAUGAAGGUUGCACAGUGCACAUCAUCACACCCGGUGAUCCAGAAGAUCAGACAAGACUGUUCCCAGCAGUUUGUGGAGUUCGAGCGCUGCCUGAAAGAAAACCAGAACCAACCUACCUCCUGCUCAGCGCACGUGGCUCGCUUUCUGGGCUGUGCGGAGACGGUGGAUAUCAGUGGAGUGGAUGCGAAUCCUCCAGCUCAGCCAUCGUAGCAGUGAGACGCCAGCAUCCGUCCACCUUCCGAUCACACCUGUGAUGGUGUAGCUUCACACGUCCACAUGCUCAGUUACUGUAUGUGCAGUGACGGUUUGGACAUCCGUUUUCCUCUGUGUGCAUUUGUGCUCAACAAUAGCAAAUAGAGGAUUGUGAAAAAGCACUGUGACCUAUAUAUAUAUAUAUAUAUAUAUAUAGACAUUUUAAUUACUGUGUCCCUUUAUCAUGUUGAUGUCAAAAUAACAUUUGUACUUGAGUGUAAGUGAGGACGUCUGGUUUGUACCGGAUUUAUUGACCUAUUUCAUUAAAAAUCCGACUUCUAUUACUCA